UGUGGAUGCUGUAAUGGUUUUUAUGUUCUUACAAAGAUCUUCAAGCUUCGUUCUUUAAUCUUCUUCUACUCUAUACUUACUUUUUAGCUUAGCUGAUUAACUCUCUCAUAGGCUUUUCCUUUUUUUUUUUUUUUUUUGUUCUUUCAGCUUUUCCUUGGAAAAUCACUGGCUUUGAUGUUCAUUUUUUAAUAUUUAAUUUCAGCUUUUAUGAUAGUUUUUUUUCUUCGUUUAAAGUAGAUUAUGAUCAUUUUUUUUUGAGAAUUUUCUGCUUUGAAAAUAUAUAGUAUCUUCGCGAUUUUUAGUAGCUGAAAAAGUUUGUGAAGUGAAAAAAAAAUGUGGGAUCUUAACGAUUCUCCUGAUCGUUCAAGAGGCGAGGAAUCGGAAGGGUGUUCAUCGCCGGUAGACGGCGAAGAAGGGAAGGGUAAACGGGUUGGAUCCGUUUCGAAUUCGAGUUCUUCCGCCGUGGUGAUCGAGGAUGGAUCAGAGGAAGAAGAUGCAGCAGCUUUAAAGAAACGAAACAGUAACAUGAUUUUUGGGUUCUCGGUGCCUGUCGAGAGCGGUGGACCAGCUCCGGUGACUCGUCAGUUUUUUCCACUUGACCAAGACCCAGAAAUGAGGGCAGUUCCCACCGGAACUGCACAAGGGUUCCCUAUGGCUCACUGGGUCGGAGUCAAAUUCCGGCAAUCGGAACCACUCGCCGUUGCUAAAUCCGUUGAAGCUACAAAUCCCAUGAAAAAAAGCAGAAGAGGACCAAGGUCAAGAAGCUCUCAAUAUAGAGGUGUUACUUUCUAUAGAAGAACCGGCAGAUGGGAAUCUCAUAUUUGGGAUUGUGGAAAACAAGUUUAUUUAGGUGGAUUUGACACAGCACAUGCAGCAGCAAGAGCAUACGAUAGGGCAGCAAUCAAAUUCCGGGGAGUUGAAGCUGAUAUAAAUUUCAGCAUUGAAGAGUAUGAAGAAGAUUUGAAACAAAUGAGUAACUUAACGAAGGAAGAAUUUGUGCAUGUACUUCGUCGACAAAGCACUGGGUUCCCUAGAGGAAGUUCUAAAUAUAGAGGAGUAACCUUGCAUAAAUGUGGAAGAUGGGAAGCUAGAAUGGGUCAAUUUUUAGGCAAAAAAUAUGUUUAUUUAGGCUUGUUUGAUACCGAGAUUGAAGCUGCAAGGGCUUAUGACAAAGCUGCAAUUAAGUGCAAUGGGAAAGAUGCUGUAACUAAUUUUGAUCCUAGUAUAUAUGAUAAUGAGCUUCACAACGGUGAAACAUCAUCAUGUAAUGGUAGGGAUCACAACCUUGAUUUGAGCUUAGGGAAUUCAACUUCAAAGCAAAAUAAUUUAGAAUUUGGUGGUGUUGAUAAGCAAAAUGCAAUGGUGGAUCAACAUAGUUGGGGCUAUAGGUCUAAGCAAAAUCUGCAGCAGGGACCUUGGGGAAAUGAUGAUACAAUGCAGCUUUUGAACCAAACACAGAUUCAAUAUUCUCAAGCUUCAAUUAAGUCCAUUGGACAACGGAACAGACCUACUGAUAACCAUACGUUCAACAUUCAUCCUCCACAUUUUAAUCCGUAUCGGAUUCAUUAUCCAAGCAACAACAACAAUGGAGUUCAAAUAGGGAGUGAUCUUUCAUUGUCGACUAAUGAUCAUCAUCAUCAACAAUGGCAAUCAACGGGAUCUCACCAACUGUGUUUACAAAUGGUGCAGCAUCAUCAGGAUUCCCAUGGCAGACUAGACCUUCCAAAGCUAAGAAAAAUGGGUUCCACUCACUCAUGAGAAAACCACUAUACACACCAUAUUUUAUCAUCCACCAUUGUUGGUUAAUCUCUAUGUAAAGAUCAAUGCAUUGAGUUGCACUCCAUUUUUUUUUACUCAAUUUUCUUAGUUAACCCAUAGGGAGAAUUACAAAAAUUAUUCCCCCCCCAAAAAAAGCAUUAUUGGUCAAAAUCACUAACAAAGCAACUAAAACAAAUGAUCUUUUCCAUUGUCUUCAAUAAAUUUGCUUUGCCUUCUUA